AUGAUUAUUAGCUGGACUGAUGCAUUUAAAGUUCUAAGAGACACAAAGGUGAAGGAACGGCUGUUGAGGAAUAAUUUGACUUUUGAAUAUCUUGCCAGACAGUUGAGCACGAUGAACUGUUCUCUGUGUUAUAAACCGAUAAGUAUUAAGGGUUUACUGUGCGAAGGAUGUUUUUAUAAGCUUCAUCCUCCUUCGAUAGAUUUUAAGACUUCUAUUGCCGUUAAGUAUGCGCUGGAGUUACAAAGAAUAAGAAUAAAUAGAACCAGCUCACUAAAGCCUUCUACUAAAGAUGAAUCCGUGAGUUUUAAGCUUCUUGAUAUCUCCAAUGAUUCUUCUCUAAGAGACUUAUCCGGAAAGGUUUAUUCUCUAGAAUCUGCAUCGUUGAGCUAUGAAGAAAGGAUUAUACUCAGCAGUAUAAAGCUAAAGAUACAAAUGGAGACAACGAAUAAAUGGGCUGCUAUAAGGAUAAAGUCAAUGAUAGACCUCAUCGAUGAACAGCUGAAUAUCUUAAGGCUAAAAUACUUGAUAUGCUUAAGAAAUCUUAGGCUUGAUGACGUCCUUUUAUUGAAGAAGCAUAUAAUAGAAAUUAGAAAGCAUAGAGACAGUUUGUUCGAGAUGCUAGGAAAUAAAUUAAUUAUAUAA